CGCCAACCCAAUAACGAUGAUGAGGUCCUGUCUGGAUAUAUCGGUUCCAGUACACGCGAAACCAUUUUAAUCUUCUGUCGAGUGGUUAUUUGGCCAACUUAAUUUUCGAAACCCUGAGAUGUUGCCCUUUUCUAAUCCGCGAGUACUGGCGCAUUCAGGACGAAGUCACGACACACCUGCUCAUACCAAAACUCACUUUUUUUUAUCGUCUACCAAUCCAGCUGGAGCCGCCCUUUUACCAGCAUGGGGCGGCUAUGGGAACUAUACAGGGUCUCUUUUCUCUUAUGUCAAUCAUCCUCCUCAUCGUCCGCGAUUCUUUCGCACCAUAGUUUUUUCUGGGACUCGUUCCGGCGCCCGACGAUUAGAUCGGGUGGUUUGUUACACAUUGAUGGUUUACCCAAAUGUGGCCUUUCUCGAGUCAUGCUUGCUUCACAUCUCCCACAACGUCUGCUACAGGACCCGGACACGGCCAUGACCGCCAAGGAGGGAACAGAAUCGAGCCAUUUUGAUACCCCACCGAAAUCCAACCCUACACGUAUAGACAAGCUACCACGAUUCCGACAUCGACACUACCUCACACGAAGGGCCCGAAGAAGGGAAGGGCUGCAAUUUGCAGUAGGAGUUUGUUUCAUAUACCAUCGAAACGAUUUCCCCCCGUCGUUCGACAAUUCCCUCGUCGCCAUUUUCGUUCGUAACAAAAGGAAGAAAAGAAAAACAGCGAAAGCGCCGCAUAUUCCGCCCACGUUGACAAGGCGACAUGAAGCCCAAGUAGAGUGGGUGCGAACCCUGUUUUGCCUCGUAGAGAGGGGGGGGAGGGGGACAGGCUACUGGAGAAGGCGGGGUUUGGUUUGUUUUGGCGGCGGAUUGUCAUUUUCAUAUCCAGGUGGAAUGGAGUCGGUAAUGCACGGCAAAGCAUAUGGAUACCUUCGUUUCGUAGGAGGCGGGGAGGUAUCAUAUUGCUCUCGGAUGAUGGAACUGUGGUGGGUUGCACGGAAAAUAGGGGAGAUGACGACCCAAGGCCGUUGAAGGAACGAAGGGCAUGCGUGGAAUAGUUGACGGAGUUGUUGAAGAUGUUGGUUUUUAUUUUUGCUUUUUUGCUUUUGUCCCCCUUUGCGUGAACGCCGCCUCAAGCCUUCCUUCCCUCUUAUACCUACUUGUUGCCUGUACUAUAGUUCGCGCUCAAUGCUCGUUCAACCUCUGUUCAAACCGCACCAACCCUUGAGACCAAGUGAAGUCAAUAUAAUAUCAAGCCAGCGGCCGGCCAGUCUGGGCCCUGAGUGCACAGGGUCACAGGGUGCCGGCACUGAUCAACAGCCGCAACUAGAGUACCGAUCGGUCGAACGUACGGAGGCCGGAAACAGGAGGACAUGCGACCUUGUCUCAAAGGGAGUCGCCUAUCAUGUGACGUCCC